UGUUUUUGUAUGCGUUUUGGUUGAGACAAUUGACUCCUAUUUUCAUUUAAUUGUUUCAAUUAUUACUGAAAUUAACACUAAAUUCACAAUCAAUUGACAAAUUGUGGUCACAUUUCAAGCAUUUGCUUAAAUGUAUGAAAAUAUUGUGUGAAAUAUGUUAUCAAAUGUAAGCCUUAAGAAGUAUUUGGCGAUACUUUGUGUCACUUUUUCGGUCAUUUAUAUCAAAGUUGAGUGCCAUAUCGGCCAGUCGUGUAAUCUGAUUGGUCUCUGUCUGCCAAUCAGUGCCCAUAUAUUCUGUGACAAAGAAAAUAUAUGUCGGUGUAAAAAGGAGUACCCCAUCGAAGUGGGGCCCCACACAUGCCUCGCACCCAAACGGGUCGGCGAUCGCUGUUCACAUCCAGAGGAAUGCCUUUAUUAUGACAAGAGUUCGCAUUGCAAUCAAAGCCCGUAU